UUCGCUGUACGGAUUACAAAAAGGUACAACCAGCGACAUCAUGGUGGUUUGCAAUAUGCAUUGAAACAAAUGAACAUUAUUCAGAUGUCGAGUAUCGAACUCCUAGCAUCUAACUGACCAUCACUCAAUAUUUAUCGUCAGGAUCGAUCAAGAUAUAAGAAAAGGAACCUUGUUGAAAUACUUUAUGCUGAGAAUUCAAUAGUUCUAGGUGACUUGACAUCACGUGCACUAUGAGAUAAGAUGGUUGUUGGAGGUAGUCAACAGGAAAUCCUGGACCAGGAUUUUGUGCUACAUGGAAGUGGACCUGUAAUUGUGAGGGAACUGGUACCCCCUGACGCAUCCGAUCCCGUGUCAUCCAACUUCACAAUCAGAGACGUUACCACUAGUCUAUCCGGACCGUCACCGACCUCCUGUAGGACGGAGAUGUAAUCACAAUUGAUAGGUCACUGGGUGAUGAUCAAUUUCAUGUGUGUCAAGUCCUUUUUAUUAUAGAUCGAAUGCUAUUGACCAAGUUGCAAUAUGGUCACUAGUCGUGGUGACUCGAUAUCAAGGGAUCGAAUCCGUCACUGAACACCAGUAUAUUACUGAUUGUAAAUAUUUAUUGAUGAAUUAAAAAAAAUAUGCAUCAUGAUGGAUUAUCGAGUCGAUAUGGUGCUUACGAUGGUAUACCACUUUGGUUAAUUGAUCGGUUUAAAAGACCACCUUACGUUUUGCAACAGCCUUGGCCGUAUAAAAAGUUGCCAAAAUGGAAUGGGGCGUAUUAUUUAACUUACGAGUGUACGAAUGGAGCUCAACAGUUAUAUCAGAAUGUGUCUGGUGCUUUGAAUCACUGGGGUGAUUUUUGGGAAACCGUAGCUAAACAAUUUGGAAAGAAGUCAAAUGUACUUGGUUAUGAUUUGAUUAAUGAACCUCCACCUGGAAACUUUUAUUCUAAUCCAUUACGAGCGUUUUCAGGUUAUGCUGGUCGAUAUAAUCUACUACCAGUUUACGACUAUCUUGUUGAGAGAAUACGUAAAUAUGACAAUUCAACAUUAAUAUUCUAUGAACCAGUUACAUAUGGGUUAUUUACUCCUCUAGGCCCCUCAGGAUGGUUAGGAACUGGAUUUCAACGUGUUCCUGGAGCUAAUCAUGAUAAAUCAGCACCGAAUAAAAGUGUUUUAUCAUAUCAUUAUUAUUGUUGGGUAUUACAGACUGAUUAUCUAAACUCCACAAUGCCAUUCUGGAAGAGAGUCUUAUGUGACUCGUUCCUGUUACCAACUGUGAUAUCCAAUGCAAUUAAAGCAACAAAAACAACUGGAGGUGGUAGAUUUCUAACUGAAUUCGGUUUGUGUGGAGAUGAUGGAAAUCCACGUAGUGUAAACACAGUGGAAUGUAAUGCAAUAUUGGACGAAGCUGAUAAACAUUUUGAAUCAUGGACAUAUUGGAAUAGAAAGGAUUUUUAUGGCUUAGGAGAUCCUACUAAAAAUAAGGUGGAAUCUUUCAUUCGUCCUUAUCCUCAAUCAACAAAUGGAAUAUUUCGUAAACAACAAUUUAAUCAUAAAACUGGAAAAUUUCGUUUCUCUUUCAUUACAAAUCGGUUAUGUAAUCAAACUAAUGAGAAACAAUGUUUAAUUGCAGAAAUAUACAUACCAUUAUCUGUACAUUAUCCAAAUGGAUUUGCUAUGAAUAUAAAACCAAAUUAUUUAAUUACUGAAAUGAAGGCAAAUAUCCUGUCUAUAUACAUGCCAACUAAUGAACAGAAUAAACGCGUAAUUGUUGACAUUGAAAUUGUUAGAAAAUAACUUCCCCCACCCCCCAAGUUGGAUAUGACUUGAGUAAAUUAUCAUUGCCAUUAUACAAACGAUGUAUUCAUUAACAUUUAACUGAAUAGUUGAAAUGAAGUUUUAUACAAGUAAUACAAUGGUUGUUGUUCAUUGUUG